CGGCGCAGCAGUUCGUGUUCGACCACCGCCGCGGCCAUCUGAAGGAAAACAACGCCCUCGCGGAGCAAACGUCCCAAGUACGGCGAUUCCGAUUUUUGCCACCCCGCCGAAGAGUGGUUUAUUUUGUGAGUGUUUUAUUGGUGACUUUCGACGAGUUUUGAAACAACGGCGGCGUGAUGGCUUCCAGAGCGUCCGAUUUUAAGGUGAAACAGGAAGGCACCGGAAUCGCGUCGUACUUCGAGUCGUACAAGGACAACGAGGGCGACAACGAUGUGGGUCUGCAGGAUGGCGAGGAAGAAGAAGAAGAAGACGACGAAGAGGAGGGCGGAUGUUACUUUGUGGACCAGAGCGGAAACUACUACUACCAGGCCAGCAAAGACUCCGAACCGGUGCUGACUACUGCGCCACCGGAUGCCGAAAUUGUAGAGGAAGAUGAGCCGGAACCGGAACCGAAAGUGGUUAUCAAAUCUAAAAAGACCGAGUCUAAGCAGGAAGACGUGAGCUAUGUGUUGAUCAUGCCGGAGCAUGAACCAAAGGGAGAAGUUGGGGUGGGUGAGGAUGGCGAUGACGACGAGAACAUCUACGAGUUUGAAGACGGGGAAUUUUCCCAAGCUGAAGACGACAAGUCGAGCGUCUCGAAGGUCACCAAGUUUAAAACGCAGAGCGUCGGCGGGUUGACGCACAUGUGCAACUACUGCAACUACACCACGAACAAGCGCUUCCUGUUGGCCCGUCACAUGAAAUCCCACUCGGAAGAUCGGCCGCACAAGUGUUCGGUGUGUGAGCGGGGCUUCAAAACGUUGGCGUCGCUGCAGAACCACGUCAACACGCACACCGGAACGAAACCACAUCAGUGCAAGCACUGCGAGAGCACGUUUACCACUUCCGGCGAGCUGGUGCGGCACGUCCGCUAUCGGCACACCCACGAGAAGCCCCACAAGUGUCCGGAGUGCGACUACGCCAGCGUGGAGUUGAGCAAGCUCAAGCGACACAUCCGGUGCCAUACGGGAGAGCGCCCGUACCAGUGUCCCCACUGCACGUACGCCUCGCCGGACACGUUCAAGCUGAAGCGCCAUCUGCGGAUUCAUACAGGGGAAAAGCCGUACGAGUGCGACGUGUGUCACGCGCGCUUUACGCAGUCCAACUCGCUGAAGGCCCACAAGAUGAUCCAUCAAGUCGGCGACAAGCCGGUGUUCCACUGCGAGCUCUGCCCCACGACGUGCGGCCGCAAGACGGAUCUGCGCAUCCACGUCCAGAAGCUGCACACUCCGCUGGACAAGCCGCUCAAGUGUCGGCGCUGCAGCAAGCUGUACCACGACCGGUACACGUACAAGAUGCACACCAAAACGCACGAAGGAGAAAAGUGCUACAAGUGCGACCUCUGCCCGUACGCGUCCAUUUCGGCACGCCACCUCGAAUCCCACCUGCUCGUCCACACCGACCAGAAGCCGUUCCAGUGCGACAUGUGCGAGCAGUCGUUCCGCCAGAAGCAGCUGCUGCGACGCCACGUGAAUCUGUACCACAAUCCGGACUACAUCGCGCCAACGCCCAAGGUCAAAACGCACAAAUGUCCGAGCUGUCCGCGAUCGUUCCGCCACAAGGGCAACCUCAUUCGGCACAUGGCGCUGCACGAUCCGGAAUCGACGGCCCGCGAAGAGGCCAUCGCGCUGAAGGAGGGUCGCCAAAAGCGGAUCGACAUCCGGCUGACCGGAGAGGGUGGAACAACGAGCGAGGAAGAAACCGAGGAAGAAGAGGAGGAGGAAGAGGAGCAGCAGCAGGACGAAGCGGAGGAGGAAAACGAACAGGAAAUUAUGACCGUCGAGGGCGAAGAUGGCCAGUACGUGGUGCUGGAGGUGAUUCAGCUGCAGGAUGACGAGGACAAAAAGCCGGCCAAGAAGAAGCGUGGCUCUAGGCGGAUGCAGCAGGUUCAAGUUCAGGAGAGCGAAGAGGAGGAUGCGCUGGCCGAGUGUGCGGACUUCAUACUUGAUGAAGAUCUAACCGAGGACAUGCUAGCUGCAUCGUUGCCACCUCCGGCCAAAAAGGCACGCCGCUACACGGCCCUGAACAGCACGACCACCAGUCGUGGAGUUGCUGCCAAAGGCAUGAACAACUGCUUCGGGUUUGAUGACGACGAUGAUGAUGGUGACGAAGGCAAGGAAACGAUAACUUUGCUGCGUUAAGAGCGGUAUCCCGGGAGGUGGGACUUUACGGUCGGCAACGAACGGUUAGAAUUACUCGUAUCAAAAGAGUAUGUUAUUGUAGAAAUAGUUAUUCGCUAGAAAAUGGUUUGUUUCUAGUCGUGAAGCCAUUUUUUUAUUUUUAACUUCUUUAACAAUGUAAACCUUAAGAUCUCUUUUUAAUUUUCUCUUUUAAUGUACAAAGUUUAGGGAUUCAGUUUGAAGUGCGAUAUUGUAAAUCUGUUUAAAGCCAGCUGUAAUAUUAAUUCUCUAUAUUUUUGUAAGAU